CAAAUUAUGGCACAAAUCAAACGAAGGAGGCAGCACUGACCUAAAGUUAACACAGCUUCGUCUUCUUCUUCCUUCUCGGCGAGACCGCAUUUACAUUUCGCCGGUGAACAUUCAAUUUCCGAACGACUUAUCCCUUCUAUUAGCUGCAACCAGUAAUGGCCGCCGGAGCAACCAAAAACUCGAAUGAAACCACACGUGAGCACACAGAACAAGAAAUAGACGAGGACCGAAGCUUCGAAGAGCUAGGGUUAGACGCACGUCUCGUUCGCGCUUUACUGAAGAAACGAAUUGAGAAACCUACUCCAAUUCAACACGUUGCUAUUCCGUUGAUUCUCGAAGGUAAAGACGUCGUUGCUCGCGCAAAAACUGGUUCUGGAAAAACACUUGCUUAUCUUCUUCCAUUGCUUCAGAAACUGUUUACUGCUAAUGUUGAUAGGAAGAAACUAGCUCCUAAUGUUUUCGUUCUCGCACCUAGUCGUGAACUAUGCCAACAGAUAUAUGUGGAAGUGAAGUCACUCCUUGAGCUAUGCAAAGUUCCGCUCAAAGCUGUGCAGUUGAAUAGCAAUAUGCUUGCUACUGACUUGCAAGCAGCAUUGGUUGGGCCUCCCGAUGUUUUAAUCUCCACUCCUGCUUGCAUAGCCAAGUGUUUGUCUAACUCAGUACUUCAGGCAGCAUCCAUUAAUGGUUCUCUUGAAACUCUAGUUCUUGAUGAGGCAGAUCUUCUAUUAUCAUAUGGGUAUGAAAAUGACAUAAAAGCUUUAACACCUCACAUACCCAGAAGUUGCCAGUGUCUUCUUAUGUCUGCAACAUCAAGUGACGAUGUUGACAAACUAAAAAAGUUGAUGUUACACAACCCCGUUAUCUUGACUCUGCCUGAAGUGGGAAACCGUAAGGAUGAGGUCAUCCCUAAAAAUGUUCAGCAGUUCUGGAUCUAUUGUCCUGCCAAUGAUAAGUUGCUCUACAUCCUUGCUAUGUUGAAGUUGGAGUUAGUCCAAAAGAAAGUUCUGAUAUUCACUAAUAACAUAGAUACGAGUUUCAGAUUGAAACUAUUUUUGGAGAAGUUUGGGAUCAAGUCGGCUGUUUUAAAUGCUGAAUUGCCUCAGAAUUCCCGUCUCCAUAUUCUUGAGGAAUUCAAUGCCGGCCUAUUUGAUUAUCUAAUUGCGACAGAUAUCAGCCAGUCAACGGAGAAGGAUGAAGCACCUAAGGAAAAUAUUGUUGGAUCAAAAAAGUCUAGAAAAUAUACAAAGCUAAAAUUAGAUUCUGAAUUCGGAGUAGUAAGGGGAAUUGACUUCAAAAAUGUAUACACGGUUAUAAACUUUGAAAUGCCCCGCAGUGUGACAGGAUACGUACAUCGAAUUGGACGCACGGGAAGAGCAUACAGUUCUGGUACUUCUAUCUCCUUGGUUUCUACAGAUGAGAUGGAUACCUUUGAAGAAGUAAGAUCUUUUGUUGGGGACAAUGAAAACAACGGCUCAAACUCAAUUGCAGAGUUUCCCUUACUCACCAAGAGUGCAGUUGAAUCUCUACGGUAUAGGGCUGAGGAUGUUGCAAAGAGUGUAACUAAAAUUGCUGUCCGAGAAUCACGAGCCCAGGAUUUGAGGAAUGAAAUUUUGAACUCUGCAAAGCUGACGGCUCACUUUCAAACUAAUCCAAGAGACUUAGAUCUAUUGAAACAUGACAAAGUUUUGAGCAAAACUGCUCCUCCUCCACACCUUCGCGAUGUCCCAGAUUACCUAAUAGACAAAACAACAAAAGAAGCAAGGGCAAUGGUUAAGCUUACAAGAGAUGCAAUGGGAAAUAAUAAUCACCGACGGGGAUCCAAGAGAAAAUCAAGGAAAGGCGGUGACCCUCUGAUGGCCAUCUCUGCCGGGGUAUCAAAAAAACCGCACAAAGGUUUUAAAAAGGACGGUGCAAGCAAUGGCAAAAGCAAUGGUGAUAGACAAAAACACAAAAAGACAAAGGCAAUUUGAUAGGGUUGCUCUUUUCGUACAGAGCCUUAUAACUUGGAAGAGGCUCCACAAUUUUGUUGUAAUGUUAUUUCCAAAUAUUGUAGAUCAAAAUAGUGAAGUCCCUUCAUAUUGCCAGAUGACCUCUAUAAUUAUAAAUUCGAUUAAGAUUAUUUAUUUUGAGUGCUCCCCGAGAUGCUUAUCUUAAUUCAAGUUAGUAGAGUUUGUGUUAAGUGGAUAAGUUGGAAGCUAAAUGACAUUGAGAAAAUUAAUGUAAAUUUUUAAGGCCAAUGCUAACAAGCAUCUAUUUGGAACUUUUGAAGGGAA